AGAAUGCCUAAGAGAUUGGAGGCAGUGCUUAAAUGGCGCCUCGUGUCUGUGUUGUUCGCACAAAGACACUUGUCGAAAGCACCACAAUUCAUAACCUCAAAGCUCCCUGCGACACGACUCUCUCUCUCUCUCACACUCACUCUCUCUUCCAAUUCGAACAACUCAACACACUCUCCAAAGUGUUGUGAAUAGUUAGAUCUGAAUCAGAAGGAUAAUCAUUCCAAAGCACGCUGAAAAUACCAUAUGAUCUACUUGGGAAUGAUUGAUACGUAAGACAUUGUUUGCUUAAGUUAAACUCUUUGCUUCCACUUCAAGUUUUAGAAGGAGAAAAGGAAAAAAAAGGUGGGGUCUCAAUAAAAAAAUGAACUUCAGGGGCUAUGGUGAUAACCCCACCAAUAAUGGUGAUAGAAUGGGUGGGAAGCCACCACCGGCAAAUGUCACUCUGGUGAGGCAGCCUUCGGUUUAUUCGCUUACUUUUGACGAGUUCCAGAACACAAUAGGGGGGUUUGGGAAGGAUUUUGGAUCCAUGAACAUGGAUGAGCUCUUGAAGAAUAUAUGGACCGCCGAGGAGUCUCAGGCGUUGGCGUUUUCUUCAGCCGGUAUAAAUGCCAGCGCCAGUGGUGGUGAUUCCAACAACCCGAAUGGGAACUUGCAAAGACAGGGCUCUUUGACGCUUCCGAGGACUCUUAGUCAGAAAACAGUUGAUGAGGUUUGGAGGGAUUUGAUGAAAGAUAGUGGCAGUGGCAGCAGCACUGGAGCCGGAGCCAAAGAUGGAAGUAGCAAUGGGGUUUCAUCUGUGCCUCAAACACAAGGGCAACCAGCAUUAGGAGAAAUGACAUUGGAGGAGUUCUUGGUGAGAGCUGGUGUUGUGAGAGAAGAUGCUCCUCAACAAGCUCAACAAAUGGCAAGGCCUGAUGCUAACAACAAUGGUUGGUAUGGUGCUGGUGACUAUGCUAGAUCAAACAAUAGCAAUGGUUUACUUCUUGGUUUUCAGCAACCAAAUAGAAGUAAUGGGAACAAUCUUGGUAAUAACUUGGUUCCCAAGCCUCCUCCUCCUCCGCUGUCGCUAAAUUCGAACCAUACUCAGCAGCAACAAGCACAGCAGCAGCACCCGCAGCCGCCACCCCUUUUCCCCAAGCCUGCAAAUGUGGCUUUUGCUUCUCCUAUGCAUAUGUUGAACAAUGCUCAGCUUGCUAGCCCUGGCACAAGGGGUGGGAUGAUUGGAGUGCCGGAGCGUUCAAUGAAUGGCGCAGUAGUUCAAAGCAAUGGGCUGGCGAGUGUUGGAAUUGUUGGUUUAGUCCCGACCAAUGUAACAGCUCCGGGUGCCACUCCUGCAAAUAAAAUGUCACCGGACAUGAUUGCCAAGAGCAGUGUGGAUACUUCUUCAAUGUCGUUGUCACCGGUUCCCUAUGUAAUCAACAGGGGAAGGAAGUGCAGUGCUAUAGAGAAAGUUGUGGAGAGGAGACAGAGGAGAAUGAUCAAAAAUAGAGAAUCAGCUGCAAGGUCAAGGGCUCGCAAGCAGGCCUAUACUUUUGAACUAGAAGCUGAAGUUCAGAAGCUUAAGGAAAUAAACAAAGAAUUGCAAAAAAAGCAGGAAGAAAUGAUGGAAAUGCAGAAAAAUCAGAAUAUGGAUUCUUCAUUUUGGCCAUUGGGAAAUAAAAGACAGUGCUUGAGAAGGACAGUUACAGGUCCAUGGUAGACCAAAUUUGGUCUUUGUUUAAAGCGACUGCUAUAAAAAGGAAGGCAUCUUUAUGUCACUAGGAUUGGACUAUUGCAUGUGGAAAAAGUUCUUAUUAUGCUCUUUUAGGGGGAGGAGUCUAUUCUUCCGGUAGAAGAAUUUCAACCAUUAAAUUUUAUGUUAGUUCCACAUAAAUCCAAUGAUAUGAUAUAUAAUUUUCAUGUGUCUGAUGUAAUUGGAAUUGAGUCCUACAUAGAUAAUAGGGGUGGUAGCUUUCUUAUGUAUAGGAAGUAGGAGAGAGUUGAGAUGUACAUUAGAAAAACUUGCAUCUUGUAUAAUAAACUAUUUGUAUUUGGUUGAAUGUUAGUUCUAUUUUCUUAUGUUGGAGGAUGUUGAGACAAGCCAAUUAAAUUGGAUCUUUGUAGUGUCCCUUUUAAGUUCC